AAUUACUUCAUAAAGCUGACAGGAAUCGAUGCGUUCGGUUUUCAACCUCCCUGGUCGUUGACGUUUAUUUCUCUUCGUCAGAACGCAGAAGCGAUCGUAGGUUGUAAACAGUAAUCUGUUUGUAAAAUGGUGGUUAAGGCGAACGUUGGUUUAAUCGUUUCUUUUCGGAACUUGACUAACGUUAUAACAGGACCAAAAGCCGCCUUGUUUUAUGGAAUUUGGGGAGUUUUACCUUUCGUUGCUUUUCCGAUUUAUAUGGGAAUAACUGGUAAAAAUAUCCCACAACUCAUUUAUGCUAAUUUGACAUAUGGUGGUGGCAUUGUGUCUUUUCUGGGGGCUGUCAGAUGGGGACUUGCAAUUCCAAAUUCUAAGGAAAAAACUCUCAAACCAAGUUUUCAUACCCUUGGUUGGGCUGUAACUCCAGUUAGCGUUGCUUGGCUGGCUCUACUUACUUCUUCAUAUAAUGGAAGUCUUAUGAUAAUUGGAACUUUCCUUGCUUGUAUUUUCCAAGAUGCAUAUUCAGCUGAAUAUCCUGCAUGGUACAAAUCUUUCAGGAUUAUUUUCAGUUCAUUUGCUGUUCUUUCUCUGGGAGCUAAUUUGUUAAUGUAUCACUCAAUUAUGAACUAGUAUCUUACCAUAAGGUUGUGUUGAUAUAACCUGUCAGUAAAAAAAUAAAUACCUACCCAUUACCAAUACAACAUGAUAAUAGUUUGCAAA